UAUUAUUUUGGAUGUUCUUCUAUUCCAUUUAGGGAAAAACAUGACUAUGAUGCAAAAGAGCCUUGGAGGUGCUUGGCAGCCUGGUUCUUAGGCCCAAAAGCCGAGAAUCGAGUGGAAUUUAACAAGUUUGCUUUAGCUAUCUUGAAUGACUAUGAAGAUUUUCGUGCUACGUACCAGCCUACAGAUCCACUAUAUAUCACAGAGGAUGUUCGGCAUUCGCCAUCUUAUGAAAAAGAAAUUGAAAAGAUAGGGAAGGAGUUGAAAAAACUGAUUGAAGAGCUCAAGAAAUCGGUGCCAUUCUUCAGCUACAGAUACAAAGGCCACAUGGUAUGGGACAUUUCUUUGCCCUCACUUCUUGGGUAUUUAUCUGGAAUGCUGUGGAAUCAAAACAAUGUAGAUUCGUCUACAUCACCAGUAACAACAUUAAUCGAAGCUAGAGUUGGGAGACAGCUUUGCGAGAUGUUUGGAUUUCGUCAAGAUGAAAAAAUGAAGCCUUGGGGGCACAUCACGAGUUGUGGAUCUGUUGCCAAUAUUGAAGCAUUAUGGGCUGCUAGAAACUUAAAGUUCCAUCCUAUUGCUUUGCGAAAUGCAGUUGCAAAUGAUGCCAGGCUUGCCUUUGCCAGAGAGACAGCGCUUGUUUAUCUGCCGCGGCUAGAUAAGUAUGCAAAGCUUGUUGAUGCUGACAAUUGGAGUCUUUUGAACAUGGAGAUAGACGAUGUCUGCUAUAUAACGACAACUGUUGCUGAGCAAUCUGGACUAUCAAUGAAAGCAGUAACUGCCAUACUUGAUGACUACAGUCAAGUUUCUCUUGGUCUGUUUGACUUCUUGAAGUUAAAUGGAAUCAACAGCCCCGUUAUAAUUUCACCAGCCACUAACCAUUACUCGUGGCCUAAAGCAGUCACUCUGCUAGGCUUAGGACGUGCAAACCUUAUCCAGGUGCCUGUUGACAAUAAUGGGAGGCAGGAUCUCGAAGAGCUCCAAAGAUUACUUGAGAGUUGCCUCAAGAACAAGAUUCCUGUUUUAUGUGUGGUAGCUAUUAUUGGGACAACAGAAGAAAGCGCCGUGGACCCAGUUGUUGAUAUCCUGGAAAUCAGGGACAGAUUUAAAAUAAAGGGCCUUAAUUUCUGGAUUCACGCUGAUGCUGCCUGGGGUGGAUAUCUGAUGACAAUGCUACGGGAGCCCAUAGAUUCAGGUACCAAAGAAUCUGAGAGAAGCAAGAUUGUCAAAGAAAACUGGGACAUAAUCAGCACAAUACCACGAAGAACCCAUUCUAUACCUGUAAGCCAAUUGGAUACUUUAAUAUGAUAAUAUGAUAUAUACUCUUUUCUUGACCAUUCUGCAAUUUAUAGCAUUUUUUUAUUUGCCUAGGUAGCUUAAAAUCCUACUAAUGUUCUUUAAUUUUGCACUGUUUUGUGUGUUAGUUAGGGAAGAAAGCUGAGGGACAUAACACGAAAAUUUCCCAAAGGUCUUUUGCUUUUUAUCUCAUUUAAGCGUAUUUCUGUUAUUCGGGCCUAUGGUGGAGGUUAACUUUACAAACUAUACGUAACAUAUGCAAUUUUAUCCUUACACACUAUCUAGAAUAGUUUUUUGUGUAUUUUUACGGUCUGGCGAGGGGCUUCUACGUACAAGCGACAAAAAAGAAGUAUGUGCGACCUUUUAACCCAAUUGGUUGUUAACGAAGUUAGAGGCUGGGUUCUCAACCAAAGGGACUGUAGAUCCCCAAGUCAGCCACCUCGAAGGCUUACAAAAAUAGCGUUUUCCUGUAAACAUCCUUGCGUUCAGCUCAAUACAUGUCAGUACAGUAGAUAAUCAAAAAGCCAUAGUUAGCAAUAAUAGCUCGGCUAAGCAGAAUGAUGUAUGACUUUAACUGCCACCUGUCAAAAAGGAAACAAACGAUGCAAUGGUGCAAUUUGAGAUCCAGUGGAGACAGGGCUUCACAAUUAAAAACGAUUAGAAGAUGCGUCUGCUCCAGAGUUUGAUUUUAGUAAGGUCUAAGAUUUUUGCAUUUAAAAUCCCAAAUUCCUAAGCUACAAAAUUCACAUAUUUUUUGGUCAUAAUAGUUAGAAAAAAUUUCAAGUGAACUUUUAAGUUUUCCAACUGCAAUUGAAUUUUCCAACCUUUGGGGCGCGUCACUCCUCCCAAUUAUUUACGUGCCUGCUGACACACAAUCUGUAACUUGUUGAAUUACGUUGAGCAUUUAGUUUUAGAAAAAGCUAUUGCAAUCAGAGGAGAAUUGACGUCAAAAUAACGCUGUAAGUCAGUACCUUGAUCCAAUUGAUAAAUUUAGUACCUUAUUUGAAAUUGGACGAAUUUCAUUUGCUUUGGCGCCCGUUUUGCUUUUAAAGUCUAAGCUUAAAUCC